CUCACUUCCUGUCUCCCAGAAUGCCUUUCUCUUUCCCCUAUCCCCCUCCCCGUACUCUUGGUUCGCUGUAGCCUGUGUCGCUGGGGUUUUUUUUUUUGUUCGUUUCAUAAAGUUUCAUCCCGUUUGAAUCCCUUUCCUCUCCUCGCCGGCAAUCAUGGCGGAGUACGAUCUGACCACCAAGAUCGCCCAUUUUCUGGAUCGCCACCUGGUUUUUCCGCUGCUGGAGUUCCUGUCCGUGAAAGAGGUACUGGGGGCGGUGGGGGCCUGGUGCAGGGGGGAGGCCGGGGCUGGUUCUACUAAAUAAGCCUGCUGGGCUGAGGCAGCAUAAUGGAGGCUGGGCCACGUGUGUGCAGGGCCCUAACAUGGAGACUGACCAGGACAGGCAGGGCCCUAACAUGGAGACUGACCAGGACAGGCAGGGCCCUAACAUGGAGACUGACCAGGACAGGCAGGGCUCUAACAUGGAGACUGACCAGGACAGGCAGGGCUCUAACAUGGAGACUGACCAGGACAGGCAGGGCCCUAACAUGGAGACUGUGAGCAGGACAGGCAGGGCUCUAACAUGGAGACUGACCAGGACAGGCAGGGCUCUAACAUGGAGACUGACCAGGACAGGCAGGGCUCUAACAUGGAGACUGACCAGGACAGGCAGGGCUCUAACAUGGAGACUUACCAGGACAGGCAGGGCUCUAACAUGGAGACUGUGAGCAGGACAGGCAGGGCCCUAACAUGGAGACUGACCAGGACAGGCAGGGCUCUAACAUGGAGACUGUGAGCAGGACAGGCAGGGCCCUAGCAUGGAGACCCAGGACAGGCAGGGCCCUAACAUGGAGACUGACCAGGACAGGCAGGAACAUGGAGACUGACCAGGACAGGCAGCUCCCUAACAUGGAGACUGACCAGGACAGGCAGGGCUCUAACAUGGAGACUGACCAGGACAGGCAGGGCUCUAACAUGGAGACUGACCAGGACAGGCAGGGCUCUAACAUGGAGACUGUGAGCAGGACAGGCAGGGCUCUAACAUGGAGACUGACCAGGACAGGCAGGGCUCUAACAUGGAGACUGACCAGGACAGGCAGGGCUCUAACAUGGAGACUGACCAGGACAGGCAGGGCUCUAACAUGGAGACUGACCAGGACAGGCAGGGCCCUAACAUGGAGACUGUGAGCAGGACAGGCAGGGCCCUAACAUGGAGACUAACCAGGACAGGCAGGGCCCUAACAUGGAGACUGACCAGGACAGGCAGGGCCCUAACAUGGAGACUGUGAGCAGGACAGGCAGGGCCCUAACAUGGAGACUGUGAGCGGGACAGGCAGCUCCCUAACAUGGAGACUGUGAGCGGGACAGGCAGCUCCCUAACAUGGAGACUGUGAGCGGGACAGGCAGGGCCCUAGCAUGGAGACUGUGAGCGAGACAGGCAGGGCCCUAGCAUGGAGACUGUGAGCGGGACAGGCAGGGCCCUAGCAUGGAGACUGUGAGCGGGCCCUAGGGCCCUAGCAAGACUGAGGCAGGGCCCAUGGAGACUGUGAGCGGGCCAGGCAGGGCCCUAGCACGGAGACUGUGAGCGGGCCAGGCAGGGCCCUAGCUAGACUGUGAGCGGGCGGCAGGGCCCUAGCACGGAGACUGUGAGCGGGCCAGGCAGGGCCCUAGCACGGAGACUGUGAGCGGGCCAGGCAGGGCCCUAGCACGGAGACUGUGAGCGGGCCAGGCAGGGCCCUAGCACGCGUGAGCGGGCCAGGCAGGGCCCCUAGCACGGAGACCCGUGAGCGGGCCAGGCAGGGCCCCUAGCACGGAGACCCGUGAGCGGGCCAGGCAGGGCCCCUAGCACGGAGACCCGCGAGGGGCCCAGCGGGCUAGCACGGAGACCCGUGAGCGGGCCAGGCAGGGCCCCUAGCACGGAGACCCGUGAGCGGGCCAGGCAGGGCCCCUAGCACGGAGACCCGUGAGCGGGCCAGGCAGGGCCCCUAGCACGGAGUUAUCCCAUCUCUGAUUACAAAGUAAGAACCCAUGGGCAGAGCCCUUGCCUGGCAUUAGGAAUCAGGGCUCCCUAUGGUUCAGGGUAUGGUUAUACCUCCUCUAUAAAACAGCCAGUGAUCACAAUGAAAGUGAGCUCUGCUUCUGUAACUGGGAGCUCUCACUAUACCUGUAAGAGGCCAUGGACAGAGCCCUUGCCUGGCAUUAGGAGUCAGGGAUCCCUGUGGGUCAAGGCCAUUUCACCAUAGGAAAGCAUUAAUCAAUGCUUUCAUAUGGGGAUUCCAGCGACGCGGGAGGUCCUCAUGCAGAGCGUGAGUACAACCAGCAUCGUUUAGACGACAAAAAGUCAUCUAAGAACCCGGACAGCCACAAGUGGAGGACUUAACCCUGCAAGGUAAUUUAUUGCAGUUUAUACUUGCAGGGUUAAGGGUGUUGGGAGUUGACACCCGGACCACUUCAAUGGGUAGUUCGAUCUACCAGAGAAGGACAUAGGAAAUUCUAAAGCAAAUACACUGUAUUGUUCGAUUUGGCUGUAAAUAAACGAUUGGUUUUUCAUUGAGGCUAUGCAAGUCAGGCAGUAGAGGUAUGGCCGGGCUGCAGAAACCAAAACGAACGCAAUUUAAUCGCACAAUGGAGGAGUAUUGAGCAGUGAAACUAUAGGGUCAUGCUCUAUACACCAAAACUGCUUCAUAAAGCUAAAGUUGGUCCCUUUAAUUACACUGCAUUAUGAUGACCUUAUUUAUAAAUGCAAAUAGAAAUAUUUGUCCUGUAUGUAAUGAAAAGGAUGUCUGAAACAUGAGACAUAUUUAGGGAACACUUUUUAUGUAAAACUAGAUUUUAUAAUCAUGCUAAAAGCAUCUUUUUUCUGGUUUAUAGCGUCCGUACAUGAGGGAUGUUCUUCGUUCAGGUGGACGAGUAGCCUCAAUAAUUAAAUAUGUAAAUAAAAGAAAGACCUACUCCUUCAUACCAUAAGUAACCAAAAUCACAGACGGCAUCAGUAAUAGCAAGAAAAAAAAAAAAGAACCAGGAAUCAGUUACUGCAAAAAUACUUUAUAAUACAGGGGAAUGGGGGAAGGGCCUAUACUAAGGAAAAAAGAUUUACUGUUAUUUAAGUUAAACUUUUGUUUUUCCUAGCGUAUAACAUCAGUACAGUAGGGAUAUAGCAAGUUCCCAAACCGAGUGGGAAGGUAGGAUACAGCAGCUAAUGCACAAAAGCAGCUUCUAAAUAAGAAUGUCUAGCCUGUAAUGAUGGAUCAAGGUAUCGAUUGACCAACUCGCUGCAAUUACACAGCAGAGAGUACUCACAGAGUGCUCUGUACCAUGCUAGGAAAUCCCUCUGAGUUAGGGUUAGCGUUGGUGCAGGGCUUGACAUAUCCCAGACGCAAUGACGAUAAGAAAUUUUCACCUGGCUGUCUUUGAGCUUGUUAAGCUGAGGUUGGCGAUGACCCUGCUCUAUUUCCUCUGCUCCCUUGUGGGAGAAGAGCUUGGAGAUGAUAGGAUCACAGCAGCCACUCCAGCUUUCCCAAAAGGUAGGAAGGCUGGGUGGACGUAAAUUAAAAUAUAGAAUAAAUAACAAUAUUUGUUCUUUAGGUGACAGGCGCCCCCCUGCGAUAGCACAGAAAGGGUGUUUUUAUUAUUUAUUUUUUUUUUCUCGCAGUGGCUGGCCUUGUCUUCAUGGCUGAGAUAAUCAAGCUUAAUUUCUCAUAUAAAACCAUAUGGAGGCUAUUGUGCAUGCACGGGAAAAUGCCGCACUGUGCCAAUCAGCAUUCACUCUUGGAGAUAAUUGGAUCCAUGGAGAAACAUUCAGUGCAGAGUGUGGGUUCGCUGAAUGUAGCACUGCAUCGUUGCAAUGCAGCAUUGGACUAGGAAGUACCUCUAGUGGCUGUCUGACUAAGCAAGUGUCACAUGAGUUGUUACUAGGCAGCAAUGUAAGCAUUGUCUUUUCUCUGAAAGGCAGUGUAUAUUUUGAAAUAUCUACAGGGUUAGGCUAAAUACACCAUAACUUAAGCUGCAAUGGUUCUGAUGACCAAAAUGGCUCCUAACUUUUUUAGCUGGCUCCUAGAUUUAAAGCAAAUUUGCCAAGCCCUGUGUUAGUGCAAGGUUAAUGUAGCAAGAGAGGGAGAAUUCUAUCUCCCUCUUAUGCUACAGCUCCUGUGUGCUGUCCCUGCCAAUCUUUGUCAGCAGACAGUAUGAUGGAGACCCUACUGGGGUCUUUUCAUGCUGAAAACUGUUGCAGUGAUUUAAAGGGCUGUUUGCAGUGCUCACUUUGAGCGCUGCAUAAUGCUCCUCUAUCAGGGGCCACUAAAUAUGGCCCACCUGACACAAAGAUUUAACCCUGGUCGCACCAAGCAAGGGCCUUUCAUGCCAUCCUAACUGCAUUAAAGCCCACUAUUUUUUUUCAAGAUUGCAUGGAACAUCUUAAUUUGGCUAAAAGAGACACUUGGAGGCCCAAAUUAAAAAAAUAAAAAUGACUAUUUAGUAGAUAUAUUUGUACAGCGCUACAGAAUUUGAUGGCGCUCUAUAAAUAAUAAUAUCCCCAAUGAAAACCUGCAUGCAUCUCAUUAUGCAUUUUUUUUUUUCUCAUUGGAGGUAUAUCUAAAAACAACAUGCCAAAGCAGCUCUUGUCUGAAGCCUUUGCAAGGCAUUCGCUUCUAACCCUCUAACCCAAUUCCACACUCUAAUUGCCUAAGAUCCAUAUGGCACACAUUUUCCAAUAGAGGGAAUACCUCAAAGUUGCAACCAGGUAGGGUGGGUGAGUACCCUGCAAGUGUGUAUAAGGAGAUGCAGCUGGCUCUCAAAUCAUUAUCUGCGAGCAGACUUUAUUUGGAAACCAGAUGAAACAAUAUUUUGGCUCUGCUAUUGAGCCCUUAUCAAACUUGAUAGUGAUUCAGUUUUGAUAAAGGCAUUUUUAAAAUCUGGUUUCCAGGUAAAAUCUUCAUAAAGAUACCCCUUUGAGGGCCCAGGUUUUUGUCCUUAUACUCACUUCCACUGCUUGUGACUUGCAUAGCCUCCCUAUAGGUUCCUGUAUAGAGAAAUCUAAUUUUAAACUUCCUACAUUGUACAGUGUGUUUAAUUUAGAAUGUCUUAUCUCCUGUUCUGUUAAUAGCCUGGUAGAACCUGCAACAGUUUGUGUGUAUGUGAAGUUCAAUUAACAGAGUAGGAGAAACAAAAUCAUUUAUUUUUUUUUCCCCAUAUGAAACAUUGUAUUCAAUGCUUUUCUAUGGACUUCUGCAUCAAGUGACCCAGUGGAUUUAACCCUGCAAUGUAAACAUUGUAGUUUCUUAAAAAAAAAAAAAAAAGUUAAAGUUUUGUUGCUUUUUAUUGACUUGGUGGUUACCAGUUCGUAAGCAGGAGGGAUAUAUUUUAUGUUCACAUGAUGUAUAUAUUUUUUAUUGUUGAUAAAGUUAACUAAAGUCAGCUGUCUUUACAGAUUUACAAUGAAAAGGAACUGCUCCAAGGAAAGUUGGACCUGCUUAGUGACACCAACAUGGUGGACUUUGCAAUGGACGUUUACAAGAAUCUUUAUUCUGACAAGGAAAUCCCACAGUGUAAGUUUAUAUUCCAUUCCCCUCCUUGUAGCGACACUUGCAAAACAGAAUAUUCUCAUAGUGAAGCAUGAGAGGUCCUUGUCAGUAAAAAAUGCCUUUUUCGUUCUUCUUGUCUUUGUGAUAUGAUACAAAGUAUAGUUGUGUAUUACGGGGAGUCAGAAUCUGGCUGUCUCCUUGUCCCAACACCUGCUGUAAGAUUGACAGAGAACUGUAUUAAACUGGCAACAAUGGUUGCCUGAAAGUGUAAAUUCCGCUAAGCUGCUCUUAGAUUAAAGGAUCACUAUAGGGUCAGGAACACAAACAUGUAUUCCUGACCCUAUAGUGUUAAAACCACCAUCUAGCCCUCCUGGGCCCCUCAUAGUUACAUAGCUGAAAAGAGACUUGCGUCCAUCAAGCCUCCAUAAAUAUAGCAAAAUCUUACUGUAUUCAAGCCAGAAGCUGUAGAUCUGCAUGCUGUUUGCCUAAAAAAACACAAGCAGUCUGCUGACAUCAUCAGAAGUGGUAGCCUGAUCCAAUCACAAUGCUUCCCCAUAGGAUUGGCUGAGACUGACAAAGAGCAGAUCAGGAGCAGAGCCAGUAUGAUUCAAACACAGCCCUGGCCAAUCAGCAUCUCCUCAUAGAUAUGAAUUGAAUCAAUGAAUCUCUUAGAGGAAAGUUCAGUGUCUGCAUGUAGAGGGAGGAGAUACUGAAUGUUUGGAUGCAUUUUAGGCAGCCAUGACCCAGGAAGGAUCUCUAACAGCCAUCUAAGGAGUGGCCAGUGAAGUUAUCACUAGGCUGUAAUGUAAACACUGCAUUUUCUCUGAAAAGACAGUGUUUACAGCAAAAAGCCUGAAGGUAAUGAUUCUACUCACCAGAACAAAUUUAAUAAGCUGUAGUUGUUCUGGUGACUAUAGUGUCCCUUUAAGAACCUCCACAAUCCAGUGUUUAUCGAAUCAUAUAUUACGAAGAUUAAUGCAAUGAUCAUGAAUCCACAAUGUAGGACUGGGAUUGGAAACUUGAAACAAUGGGCAAAUAAUUCAAUGAAUAUAAUAUGAUACAAGCAAUUUCUGUAUUCAUUUUAACAUUCCUGUCCUUUUUGCUGAUCACUUCUAGCUCUGAGAGAGAAAAGAACUACAGUUGUUGCACAAUUAAAACAACUGCAAGCUGAAACUGAGCCAAUUGUGAAGAUGUUUGAAGAUCCUGAAACUACACGACAAAUGCAAUCCACCAGGUAAGACGUUUCUAAUAAGGCACAAGUGUGUUCUUUCUGUUUUUACAAUUCAGACUUUAUUGUGGAGAAGCCAUGCUAAAUAAAUGUACAAGAAAAGAAACUUCUAACAAAUGAACAAGGAGACUAAAGUCUUGGAAACAAAUACACUACAGAUUAAAGAGGUACAAGUGCAUGAACUACAUUCAGGGCAAGCUCCAGGCACACAAAACCGUAGAAUACUCUGCUCUCCCCUCUAUUGUAGAAAGCAAGACCGAAGGUUAACGGAAGGGUUGCUCCAGCCUCCAUGAUCACUUCUGCUUUUAGACUUGGUCAGGGUGGUAGGGGUCUGAAAGUGCAGAAUUUCACGGAAGUCCUUCCUGUACCCUUUUUUAUUUUUUUUAUUUUGACGCCACCCUUUCCAGCUCAGAGCACAGGUACUCUGAGCAAGUUAAACUUGUCUGGUAGACAGGCACUAGAGCCUGCCAUAGCACUGCAAUGUAAACCUUGCAAUUUCUCAAAAAUUGUGACAGAGGCAGUGCACCCUGACUACAUCAAUGAGCUGUAGUGGUCUGAGUGCCUAUGAUGUCCCUUUUUAAGGCAAGAUUUGUGAAUUCCCAAUUCUGUAAUCUUCUGAUGAGAUGGUGGGUGUGUUAUCCUUCAAGGAAUACUAUUAACUUUAAAAAUGAUCAUAUCAUGUUUAAAUAUUUGUGUACCUUUAAAAUACGGUAGUUGAAUUGAUUUAUAGAAAUAUGAAUAAUUGGGAAGUCUAGGAGUGUAUAUUUACUUAUAUUGCUUCAGAAAGUAUGCAUUUUAUAGCAAGCUGGGAGCUGCCAUGAUUAUAUUCCCAUCUGUUUGCUUUUUGGUCACUGACUAUAAUUUGAAUACCAGAUGCAUUGUGUGGUUUACAAAGAUUGUCAACAUUCUAGUCUCUUGGAGACAUAUUUUUUUUUUUUUUUUUUUUUUAAACCACAUUAAAGUUUGUAUUUUUGCAUUUAAUACUUGAGAAUGCACUUUAUAUGUUAUAUGGGCAAACUAUUGUGGACACUUGUCUGUAAAAAAUCAUGGAUAUUAAUAUUGAUUUUUUUUUAUUAUUUUUCUCCAAAUCAUUUCUGGGAAUGUUUUUCCAUGAUUUGAAUUUUUAUUUUAUUUUUUUUAAAUAAAUGUUUUGCUUUUAUUCAUUCAGUUCAUGAGGUUAAGCAGUAUUGUUUUGGAUAAAUAGGCCUGGCUUGCAUUCAGUGUUUUAACCCCUUAAGGACACGGCUUCAGAAGCUUGUCUUACACUUAAUGACGCAAGCAAUUUUUGAAUUUUUUUUGCAAUGUAUGACCUAUACACUAUUUUGUGAAGUGGCACUGCUGUAAAAGAGACGUGACAAGUUAAGGUUUUUAAGUGUGAAUUUUCAUGGAGGGUUUUGAUGCGUCUGUGUCCCACUUUGGAGCACUUGAGCAGUCUACAUAUUACAACUACACCAUAAAGGCAUACCACUUCUUAAAGAACACAUCCCAGGGUAUUUCAAAAGGCAUAUUUUGAAUUUUAGCGUGGCAUAAUUUUUCCGCUAGCUUGUACCAAGUGUAGUGGUAAUAAGCAUUUUUUCUGCCUUUUUGACACACAAAGUGAGUUUGCGCAGCAUAUUUUGUAAACCUUAUGUGUGCUACGACUGUAUAAUACUUCCUAUGUUGCUCAGCUAUGUCGGCUGAGUACAGAAAUACCCCCGUAUGUACCUUUGCCUGGUAUAUGUGGACAUCGGAGGGGCAUAUUUGGGACACAGCCAUUCCAGUUCUUUUCAAACUUUGGAUUAUAUAGCCUUGUAAAAUACUUUAAAAUGGGAUAUGGACACAGUGUAAAAAUUUAAUUACCCCAUAAAGGCAUACCAUUUCUUAAAGAAGACAUCCCAGGGCAAUUCAAAAGGCAUAUUUUGAACCUUAGCGUGGGAUAAUUUUUCCGCUAGCUUGUACCACGUGUAGUGGUAAUAAGCAUUUUUUUUCUGCCUUUUUGACACAAAAAGUGAGUUUGCGCAGUUUAUCUUGAAAACCUUAUGUGUACUACGACUGUAUACUACUUCAUAUGUUGCUCAGCUAUGUUGGCUGAGUACAGCAAUAUCCCCCGUAUGUACCUUUGCCAGGUGUAUGUGGACAUUGAAGGGGCACAUUUGAGACAGCCAUUCCAGUUUUUUUUUUUUUUUCAAACUUUGAAUUUUUACACUGUGUCCAUGUCCCAUUUUAGAGUAUUUUACAAGGCUAUAUAAUCCAAUUACCCCAUAAAGGCAUACCAUUUCUUAAGGAAGACAUCCCAGGGUAAUUCAAAAGGCAUAUUUUGAACCUUAGCGUGGGAUCAUUUUUCCGCUAGCUUGUACCAAGUGUAGUGGUAAUGAGCAUUUUUUUUAAUGUAUUUUUUACUUUGUAAAACCCGUUUUUAAACUUUUUUUUUAAUUAUUAAAUGUUUUACACUUUCUUAACUUUUUUUACACUUUUAAAUUUUUUUCUAAACUUUUCUUUUACCGUUAAUCCCUAACUAGCAGUAAGCAGCACUAACCGUAAAUUCCACCCUUUCCCAUAACUCCAACCCACUCCAGCUAGUAAAAUAAAUAUAUAUAUAUAUAUAUAUAUAUAUAUAUAUAUAUAUAUAUAUAUAUAUAUAUAUAUAUAUAUAUAUAUAUAUAUAUAUAUAUAUAUAUAAUAUAUUAUUUAAAUUAAAUAAUUUGAACCCCUGAGGGUUAAAAAAAUAAAUAAAAGUUAAUCCUCAGGGGUUAAAAGAAAUUAGAUUACAGUAUAAUACUGUGAUCUGUACUUUGAUCACUGUAGGCAGUGAUCAAUUGGCAGGGAAGGAGUUAAUUUUUUAGACUGGGUAGUUGGUAGGGAAGGGGUUAAUUUUAUUAAAGCAGCGGAAAGGGGGGGCGGGAUUUAACUUUAUUUAUUUUUUUUAAACAGGGAGAUCAGCAGCACUGAUCCGUCUCCCUGCACUUCACACAGAACCCGGAAGUGCAGGGAGGCGGAAGGUAAGUACACUGAACACAUGUGCUCUCUCUGACAGUCUGUCAGAGCGAGCACCGGUGCUGUGGCAGCCCGAUCGGGUGCUCCCGAUCUGCCUCUAAUACAGAGGCAGACCGGAGCACCGUUAACCCGGCGAUCUGGGGUUAACUUUAGUAAAUGGCGGAAAUUUUCCGUCAAUGGUCCUUAACUGAAGGACAAGGUUGACGGAAAAUAUCCGUCUUCGGUCGGGAAGGGGUUAAUGUAUCAUACUGUUAUUAUUUAUAUAGCACCAACUUAUUCUGCAGCGCUUUACAGUUAAAAAGGGUCAGAGUUCUUUCCAGACCAGCCUAGUUCUUCCUUGCCUUUCUUUACAAACCAUUCUUAUUUGGACUUCACUUUGUUCAUUCCAUGCUAACAAAGCAAAAGAUGUUCCCAAAAUGUUAGCCUCAAAGUUGGUGGUAAAGAGUCCUCUAUAAUGUCAUUGUAUGCUCUAAUUUUUCAUUACCUCUUCAUUAGAAUUAUAAUGGGGCUAGCCCAAACUAUGUAAAAUAAACCUCGUAGCAUUAUUCCUCCUCCUUACUUUUAUAUGGGACUUGUUAUUCAGGCAACUUGUUUUAGGCAACUCCCAAAUCCCAAAUUGUUCAAGGUGCCGUAUAAAUGAUAGUGUUAAGAGUCCUUGUACGCUACACUAACCUAGCCAAUGUUUGACUUUACCAAUGGGGAGCUAUUGUGCUGCUUAGCCAUUUCCUAAUCUUUAGACAGCUUUGUUCACUAAACACUGACUUGUAGCAAAUGAAAAUCUAGCACAAGGUAAAAUAGCCACACUGUGACUGUGUUGGAGAACAUUUCCCAUAUCUCUUGGUGGCAUCCUGUGACUGCCGUUAUGUUACUAAGUCACUAAGCUCUGCUGUAACACCAAACUUUGAUUACAGAAAUUACAUGGCUGUGCUUGAUAUUCGUACCCCUGUCUGCAGUAAAUAUGGUAGAAAUUUUUAAAUCCACUAUUAAAAGUGGCAUCUGUGCACUUUUUGUGAAGCUGUUCUGAUAUUUUAAAAUUGGCAAUAUAAUUUGUAAGGGCUUCAUGCCAGGCUGUGGGGUAACAUGCUUUAUUUCAUAUUUUGAAUUCUAAUGUCCGUGACUGUGUGUCCUUUUCAAAGUAGAAUCCUGGAUCCUUGUAGUUUUGUUGUUGUAGUAAGACCAGCAGAAUGCUAGCUGGGGAUCAUCACAGACCGUAUUAUAGUUAAACACCUGGAGAUCUAUAGGCUGCCUGCUCUCACAUUGCACCAAUUUUCAUUUGUGGUUUCUCAGAAAAUGUAAACUUUACAAUCAAGGCUGUUCCACCUGUAGCCCCAACACUUUAAACCACUGUAUAUUGUGGUUAGAGUCUUAAAAUAGUUAAGUCCUAAUGGUUUGUUUUUAAUGAGGAUGGGGAAAUUGUUUCUUCUGUGUAAUUAUCGCCAAAUGUUUUGUCAUAUUCCUUUCUAGUAACUCUUUUAAAAGCAUUCUCAGAGAUUUGUCUGCUUUUCAUGGCUCAGAGCCUCCAGCACUGGAGGGUUUUAGUAAUAUCUGGUGCGUGGGACAUUGUACAGCUGCUAGUCAUUGCUGAAGAACACCUCAAAUGUUUAUUUUCCUCAGUACAUUUAUCUACCUCCUUCAGCAGCUUCAACUGACGCUCGUGUGUAAGGAAUACAUUAUCUGUAAAUGUGAGACACUUUGCAGAAAAUUGCCAAUGAUCUGGUCUUGCUGUUGGCGGUUAUGCAAAUGUGAUCCUUUUUUUUUUUUUUUUUUAAGUGUGGAUAAAAAUACGUGGUCAUGAAAUGUUUUUGGAAAAUCUAUUUAAUAUGGUAAGGCAUUUUGUCUCUCUGAAAUAUAUUAUUCAGACACAGAAUGAGCUGAUCAGAUUGUACUGCAUUACAUUAUGACAGAGUGCUGACUAAAAGAAUUUAUUUUUAAUGGCCUUAAGUAGCUGAAAUGGGCAGCACUUUUAUAUAAUGCAAGUCAUCUUCUGAAUUUUCGGCACCUGAAGCUUCUUAUAAGCUGAAAAAAACGUGCUUGGUUGCACCUCAUUUUGGUAAAGAGAUUGCGGGCUUUUAGUGUACACUAAAGUUAAUUAAAUAUGGGAAGAAGUCCCAAAUGUACAAAUCAGGAGGGAUUCAUGAUUUGGCCUUGAACUUGGGUUUCCAAAAAGAAAGUGAACUGUACGUGCUCGUGCCAGGACUUUAUGGGAAAUUGCUUGCUACACUGAUCAUAAUUCGUUGUGCUAGAGAUGAUCAAACUCCUUUUAGAAGCUUUACAUAUGGGCCAGAUAUAAAAGGGUCCUCGAAGCAAUAAAACCCCUCCAGCUCAAUGAGCUCUGUGUUGUCUGGUAGCUGUGCCCUGUUUGUCAAACUCAACAAAAAACAGGAUGCUUUCUGACAUCAGGAGGCUGCCUCAUUGGUAAUGCUGAAUUCCACAUGACCAAUAUCCACUUCAUCCAAUCUGUCAGAUCACCUCAAUCUGUGGUGCUUCUUGUGACCAUUGGAAGGAACUGUUGACUUCUGUGUAGGUAUGCCGUGGUCAUUAAUAUGUUGCUGAAGAACGCCUGAAACUUUUCUUUUCCUCAGUUUCUGGAAGCUUGUAUAUAUACUGAGAUAAUACUGUUAAUGUAAUGCCCUCUAGGAAAUACCAUAGAUACUAGUAAAGAUGUUCACAAACCGUUAGAUGCAUGCGGCAGCUUAUUUUUAGUCUGCCUAUAGAAUAGUCUGAAAUUAUUUAUCUAUUAAUUAAAGUUCUCUCACGGUUAACGCUACUAAAGAACUAUAGGAGAAUGUUUGUUUAUUUUUCCCUCUAUGCACCAUUUAUAAAUAUGAGGACACCUUGAACGGGAUUAUAAAUUUAUAUUAAUUUUUUUUAAUGCAAAGUGGGCACUGUUAAAUUGAGUGGUAAUAACAUGAAAACCCUGGGAUGUAUUAAAAUCAACAAAAGCUAGUUAUUAAUAUUCCUGGUUGUAUGCCACGGAAAAUAACUUGAUGUGUUUUGUGUUUUUAAAAUAGUUUCUAAUAUAAUUUUUCUGUUUUAUAGAGAUGGACGGAUGUUGUUUGAACACCUUGCUGAAAAACAUGGGGUAUGGCAUUUGUGUAACUUAUUUUGUGUGUGUGUGUUAAACUGUACUGAUGGACACAUAGACCUUUAAUGUAGUAAUGGAAGUAUAAUUCCAUCUAUCACUUGAGAUACUGAAUUACUUUAUUUAAUAUCUUACAGUUCAGACAGGAGUACCUAGAUACACUCUACAGAUAUGCCAAGUUCCAGUACGAAUGUGGGAACUACUCUGGAGCAGCCGAGUACUUAUAUUUCUUCAGAGUUCUGGUAAGUGUCUGUCUAUUUGUUAUUUUAUGUGUUAUUGUGCAUGUUUGUGUUCAUAUUGAAAUUUUUGAAUAUAAAACAUUUAUUCUUUUGAUCUUGACUUCUAUUGAGUCCAUGUAAAUAAUCAUCUCCGAACAUGGCAAAUGUAUAUACUUCUUCAGAAACGCAAACCUGAAAUGUUGGGGUAAUUGGACAGUAUUCUGCUGCAGUUUUGAAACCCUAAUUUAUAUUAUGUAGAAUAUUCAUCUCAAAACUAGAAACAUGAGAUUUAAUUGAAUUGGUUUAACCAUAACCACAGAGCAGGGGUAGGCAACCUUUUAGUAAUACUGUGCCAAAACAAGAUCUUUAAGUCCCUUGCUGUGCCGGUCCUAAUUUUUAAAGUUGAGAUGUGUUACUGUAUUCUGCUUGUGUUAUUUAUUGGUGCUGCAUUUUUUUUGUACUAUUGCAUGUUAGAAUAUGGGAAGCCAAUGCUUCUUAACAGUCCUGAUUUCAGGGGCCUGUCCUGCUGUCCCAUUAUAGUUCCCAGGUGUCCCACAUCUGGGGAUUCCUAGGAACUGUCCCCAGGCAGCACAGCAUGGGUGCCACACUAGUCACGCUCUAGCUGUGCAGGCCAUGCAAAGAGUGCUUCAUCGGCGCUCCCUAUGACACAUCAUUUUAGGCAUUGCUGAUGAUGCAAGUCACAAUCGCCGGCACUCUCCGGCAUGUGAUCUGACUAAAAAAAUGCCCUCUUCUUCUGACUGAUAUUUUUUGCUAAGCUAUAUGGCUGUAAGUUCGUAUUAACUUGUGUUUGUAUUUUUAUCUAUAUUUGUGUGCAUACAUGUCUCGGUAAAUGUAAAAUCUAAAAAUUGUAUAUUCUUAAUGGGUAACUUUUAUUCUAUGAACAUGAUGCUACACUUUAAGCAAUUUUCAGAAGUAGAAGGUGAUCAUAAAAAGUGGAUAGCGGGUUUUACAAGGCCCCUUUCGUACAAUCUGACAAUGUUUGGUUCCUUGAAAAAAAAAAAAAAAAAAAAAAAUUUUUUACAGAGGAAAUGUACACCCUCUCCUCCCCAUUUAACUGCUUACUCUAAUGGGUGAGAAGUAUGUGUUUUCCAUGUCUGGGAUCUAUUUUAAGUAUUUCCAUUUUCCUGUCUCGGGCACACUAUUACAGAACCGGUCUAACUUGGCAAGCAGGUGGGCAGCAUCAAUGUUUGUAAUCUAAAUCUCACUCUCAAAAAAAAAAUCAAGUGGCGAAAACCAGAUUGGCAAAUUGUAGGUAAUCAGCAGUAAUGUUGUAUGGCGAGGCUGGCCCUCGUCUUAUCUGUGACUUCCAUCAGACUUUUCUCCAAUAUUACCAAGGAUUUAAAGAGAGUAAGAGUCAUUUACUUGGGAAAUGUAAACAGCUUAAAUGAGGUUAAUAAAACCAGGGCUGUGGUUUCAUUACAAGUCCGGAAAAGAGCCUUGGUUUAUUCAUAUCAUUUGUUAAUGCUGGGAGUGAAUUUUGAGAAUGAAGAUUUAAUGUCUUGUUCAGACCUCAGCACAGUAAAUUUAUUGUUGCUGGCCAGUGAGUGAAUGUGCCAUUUUGCUAGCAAAUGGAAACUUAAGGUAACCCCCUGGAAAAUCCAGAUAUUGAAACUAUUCUACCAUAUCCUUCUGAAAGGUUAGUAUGCAGAGCCAACUGUAAUGACAUGGAGCGGGGCCAGCUUAGUUCACAUGAACCUCUGCUUAAAAAAGGAAACCAGCAUACUUGAUAAUGUGAAAUGAGAAGUCUCAAAUUGGCAAUUAGUGCACAUGUAAUUUUCCAAACCGUAUUAUCUUAUAGAAUUUAGUUUUCCCACGUUAUGUGAAUCGCAAAGUACAGGUCCUGUUUAUUUCUUACAAUAGAUCCAUUUAUGAAUUGGAGUCUAAUAAAUUACUCUUAAAGGAAAACUCCAGUGCCAGGAAAACAAUCAGUUUUCCUGGCACUGCAGGUAUCCUCUCCCUCCCACCUCCCAUCCUAGGUAGCCGAAGGGGUGAAAACACCUUCAGGUCACUUACCUGAGACCCCGCCUGUGUCCAUCGGCGGUGGUUUCGGGUCGGCGUCGCUCCUCCCAGUAAUCACGUCAGCCGGUGGGCGAGACUGAUCCCGCCCGCCGGCUUAGGAAACCUAAUGCGCGGCAAUGCCAUGCACGCGCAUUAGGUAUCCCCAUAGGAAAGCAUUGAAAGAUUUUCAAUGCUUUCCUAUGGGGAAUUGAGCGACACUGGAGGUCCUCACACAGCGUGAGGACGUCCAGCGACGCUCUAGCAAAGAAAAUCUUUGCUAUGAAUCAGGAAGUGCCCUCUAGUGGCUGUCUAGUAAACCCUGCAAGGUAAUUAUUGCAGUUUAUAAAAAAAUUAUUAAAAAAAAACAGGGUUCAGAGUAGUGGGAGUUGGCACCCAGACCACUCCAAUGGGCAGAAGGGGUCUGGGUGCCUGGAGUGUCCCUUUAAGUAGACUUUAGAACAAGUUGCGUGUUUUUUUUUUUUUUUUUGGUUCGAUUCUGAAAACCAGCAUUUUGACAGCCUUUUCAGCUAGUCUUAUCCAAUGUCUACAUUGACACUUCAACUAAUUCUCGAUGAAAUCUUUGGGGUUUAUACAUCAUCCAGUUGCAACCCUAGCUUGAUUAUAAUUUUUCUAAAGGGGUCAUUGUUGCCUGAAUUUUGCAGUUUGGCUUUUCUUUUUACUGCAAAUCAAUGUUUACUGAAUAAGACCCUCCCGAAGUUUUAAUUCUUUGUAAUUUAGUGAUUCGGAUGCAUUGCAGCAUUCAGCAUGCAGUUUAUAUAUUUAACCCCUUAAGGACACAUGACAUGUGACAUGUCAUGAUUCCCUUUUAUUCCAGAAGUUUGGUCCUUAAGGGGUUAAAGCGGCUCUGCCACCUUCCUCUCUCCCCUACCCCCCCCCCACCCCCCCUCCUCUCCAUGAGUAUUUCACAAAGCUAUAAUAUUUAUGAAAUAAUAACAUAGGCUGUUUCACUGAAACUCCAACGCACUCAAGAUAUACUAACACAAAGUUGGGACUGCUUUGUCUUAGUAUAUUCCCUAUACUUGGCAAAACUUGACAAAAGGCGGAGCUGUAGAGUGAAAGGCUCUAGGUUUGAUUUAGCACCACUGACCUGAAGAUAAUAAAAAUGGGAAUAAUGUUGUGAAACCGGAAAAGUUCUGUUUUGGAGAAUGAGAGUUAUGAGAAGCAGGUGAACAAUCUCAAGAGUUAUUCCCUAGUGUGAACUUUACAGAAUUCAAAGUAAUGUAAAAUAUUAGGCCAAAAUAGCAAAUUUGGAAGAAUUUUCCAAGUCAGUUCUGUUGUUUAGGCUAUUUUGGCCCAAUAUUUAAAAUUUUAUUGUAUUCCUGACAAUUCACACUUUAGUUAUAGAUACCAAGAUGCACUUUCUGACAUCAUCUAAACGAGUGAUCAAGAGGGAUAUGUGUUAUUGAGCCAUUAGUGGAUUUCGUGCAGCUACUGUUUAGUACUGAGAGUGAAAAUCAGAUGGAAAAUGGUUGAGUGGACUUGAGAACAUUUGCCAACUAUAGAGCUUGGAUCUGAUCGAGUUAGGAUAUAAGAUAGUAACUAGAAGUUGGAUCAUUAGAGGAUUUAAAAAAAACAAACUCGGGCUCUGUAAGCGCUUGGUGCUAUUCUGUGACCAUUUAGAAUUUUUUUGGCUUUGGAAAUUCAGUAAAAGGUUUAGAAGUUGUGUUUUUUUUUAUUUACCAGUAUUUAUUUUUCCUGAUGUUUGCAGAAAUUUUGGAGCCCUGGGAUUGUUGUUGUUUGUGCACAGACACAUUUAAAGAAAGAUUGGCAUGAGCAAGACUUGAUUUCUACUUCACCUUGACUUGCUUUGCCACCUAACAGCCCUCAGAUGGUUAAAGUGGUGGCUGUAGACACAGAAGCUAUGAAAGAGCCAUUGUAACUGCUCUCUGAGAUUAGAAUUUGACACUCUCAAUGACCUAGUGUAGCUCAGUGUUGUAUAAAUUACAGCUUCAUGACCCCAGCAUUACCCUUGCUUUCAGAAUACUUGAACUGAACUAGAUAAAAUAACUAGACCUGUUUUCAAGAUUGAGCUGGCUGGGUGGGUUUUUUUUGUUUUUUUUUUUUAAUUGGGGGUAGGGUAGGAGGUAGGCUUAGAGUUAGCCUGAUUAAAAGAUGUAGAAAAAUGAGGUUUGUAAGCGGGGUCUGCUUUGAAUAGACUUUCAGCCUUCUUAUUUAUGAAACUUUUUUUUUUUUUUGUAAUAGCUCUGUAGCUCUGUGAAGUUUUUGGGAUCUCUGUCAACCAAGGCCAGUGUUGUCCUCAUACACCACUCUGAUUCCAUGGAAUGUUAUUUUGCCCUCAUUAGCAAUCGCCUGCAGAUUGCCACCUAAAUAACCGGCUAUUUAGGCUAAUUUAGUUUAUUUUUAUACUCUGCUACUAUGUAAACAAAACUUGUUUAAUCCAGGCGUAUAAUAACUUUAACUAAAUGUAAUCACUCUCUUAUUUUCAACCUAUAAAAACAUAUACUCUUACAGCUAAAUGCAAGAGAAGGCCUUCAUUGUUUAAGUGUUUUGUAUGUUGGCCUGUACUUUGCAUGCAUUAAAUACUUUAUCCCCUCUUCCAUGUGCAUGUUUUACCUAUUUUAAUGUAUAAGGGCUUUAAGGAUCUACUACUUGCCUACAAAACUAAUCUACUAAAAUACUAUUUAUUUAUUUUUCUACCUUAAUUGUCUAUUAAAGACAGAUAUAAAGUCCAUUAUAUGGAAAGCACAGGCUGUGAAUUUAGAGAAAAGCUAGAAUGGUGCUAAUUUCACAUCAGGUUGUAGUUAACAGCAGUCUACACAUGCACAAACUUUAAAAUUAGCUCAAUGAAGUGGUCUGGGUGCAGUGACCCUUUCAGUUUUACCCUGCAAUCUAAAACAUUUGUUGAGCAGAUACAGCAAUGUUAUUUAUAGCAGGGUUUACACACCACUAGAUGCACUAACAGAGUCAGACUCUCUGGGCUGAAGUCCUCAAUCUUUGAUACCAGCCAAGGAUGUAGGACGACCGUGGCAAGACCAGCAUUUAGCUGACAGUCCUCAUUAGGAAGUUGUGCACAUAAUCUCUAUCUUGUUUAAGUAUGAGCAAAUCUACAUGUUAAAGGGACACUCCAGGCACCCAGAAGCUAUGCAUGAGGACUUCCAGCAUAGCCGGAAUCCCCAUUGCCAACGACAAAUAACCAUGGGGCAGAAGGAGACUAUAGGAUUAAGAAUACAGUUUUAUAUCCCUAAUUCUAGUGCUUUUUUUUUUAACCUCUUUAGCAUUACACUCUGGGCACUAAAGACCCUUGCUAGUAUGGCAUUGCUCAAAAAAUCCCAGGCGCCAGGUUGCCAUUGCGACUAGGAUUUUAGACCUGGCGUCUGGGAUUUGUUAGCCCACUCAGCCCCUGAGGUGGUCAGCUCAUAAACAGCAUCGGCAUGCGGUUGGUCGGCUGGUCGCCCAGCUAAAGGGAGAACAUUUGCGUUUGGUCGGCCGGCUGAUCAAGAGCGUGGGGUGUGCGCACGGGUGGGAGGCUCCUGGAAGAUUGAGGCAGACGGGCACGCGCGUGAGGGAGUUGUAACCUCUCUGCUCCCUUGCGCGUCCUCCAGUGAUGCUGGGAGCCGGAAUAUGACAGUGCUCUAUGGAGCAGUGCAGGGAGAUGACUGAAGCCUCACUGGACCCCAGGGAAAGCCAAACCACUCCAGCUCCAGAUAGGGAGGCUGGCUGGCUGGUCACCUUAAUGUGUGUUGUUAUUGCAGUGAGUGAGUGGGAGUAUAUGUGUCAGUGAGCAUGUGUGUAUGUUUAGGUGACCGGUCCCCCUCCGAUCACAUGGGUAAGAGUUUUAACUCCCCUUCCCCCCCUCCCCACGCUGUGCUGGUCUCUCAUCAGCUGGCCAUGCCUUCAUGACUGUGAUCAUCAGUUUUGAUAUUAGCCAAUCCCAUAGGAAAGCAUUGGGAGGAUAUUGCGUAUGUGUGGCAAAACGCCAUGCUGCGCCAAUCAGCAUUUCCUCAUAAAGAUGAAUUGAAUGCAUCUCUAUGGGAAACAUUCAGCUCCUCAAUGCAGCACUAACCCAGGAUGCACUCUAGAGGCCGUCUGAGUGUGUGUUACAAGGCAGCAAUGUAAAUACUGCCUUUUCUCUGAAAAUGCAGGGUUUACAUUUAAGUGUGGAGGGACAGGUUAUAGACUCGAGAACAACUACAUUAAGCUGUAGUUCUUCUGGUGACUAUAGUGUCCCUUUAAGAGUUGUAUUUUUGACAUUGAAAAACCUGGCUCCUAACUUUUUUGCUGACUCCUAGAUUCUAAGCAGAUUUGUCAAGCCCUGUAGUAUGGAAUGUCUGGCUACAGUACUGCAUUCAUAAAUGAGUGUGAUGUUGCAAUUUGAUAUAGAAUCUUUUAAUGCUGGUUUGCUAUGAAAUAUAUAUAUAUAUAUAUAUAUAUAACAUCAUUGGUCUUUAAUUUCAUGUUAUGGUUUUGGCAAUUGAAAGGUUAAAACCUAAAAACUUUUUUUUAUUUUAAACUUCACCAUUUGAGACGGUUUUGAGUUCAGUUUUUAAUUUAAUUUUCAAUUCCUGUUAAUGUACAAAUUAGGGCCAUGACCAGUAGUCUCCUGUAGCCUUUUGUUUGCCUGACGUGGAGAGCUGUGCAAUAUGUUUAGUGUCUGGCUGAAAAAAUAUAUAAUAAAAAAAAGGGUUUUGAUAUUUCCUGCUAUGUAGUCUAGUAAGCUUUAUUCCUACUGAGAUUUGGGUGGGAUUCUAUAAAACUAAUCAAAUUAUAUGGGGUUAGUUUUAUUCCACAUAGAAUAAAAUCAUUCAUUUUGCAGCAAUGUUUGCUUUGUAACUAAUGCUAGACUGGCUCUUAUUUGUAUAGAAUGUGUAGGUUCUGGGUUAUGUACAUGUUCUUUUAAGUAGUAACAUUGGACAUUUUAUCCAUAACUGUGACUGCUUGUGAUCCACCCUUAUGUUAAACUCUUCCCAGUGUGUUGUUAUUCUAUAGUUAUAUCAACAAUGGCCUGCCGUGGCACCCCAAAUGUCUGCAGACCACAUUUCCCAUAAACCUUACAGCUUCAUGGAUGGGAAAUGUAAACCAUAAAAAAAUCUGGGUGUCAAUUUUCAAUAUCAUUUAUUUUAGUUUAAAAUUAAACAUUUUGUGUGAAUCAUAUAUAUUUAUUUUUAUGUUCUUGAUUUUCUUUUGACAGGUUCCAUCUACAGACCGAAAUGCUUUGAGCUCUCUCUGGGGAAAGCUUGCUUCAGAAAUUUUGAUGCAGAAUUGGGACGCGGCCAUGGAAGAUCUGACAAGACUCAAAGAAACCAUAGAUAACAAUGUGAGUGGCCUUGCUCAAAAGAGCUUACAAUCUAGCGGUAGAUGGGAUCCAGAAGGAAAACAAGGAAUUGAGUUUGACUCUUGCGAGGGAGAAUUUUUUUUGUGUGUGUGUGUAUGUGUGUAAUGUAAUGUGUGUGUGUGUGUGUGUGUGUAUGUAUAUGUAUGUAUGUGCAGCAGACUGAGGAAGCACUAGUCAUGAGAGCAGGUACAAUGGUAAUUCUCCUGGAAGAUAAAUAGAUGAGUUAUGGGGAAGUGAUAAGAUGAGUUGGGACACUCCGUAGGAAUGGUGCUGCACAUUAGCAGUCUUGUGAUUUGACCGUUCGCAAAUAGAGGACCGAAGAAGGUCACUAGCUGAAAGACCAGGGAUUGGGUGUACUCGUGCAUUGGAAAGAUAAUGGGGGGUGGAGUUGUUGAGGGCUUUGUAUAUUAGUGUCAUUCAUUUUCACUAGAUCUUUAAAUGUAUUAAAAACCAAUGUAGGAUACGAGUGAGAUGAGAAGCCUUGUGUAAAUAGGUCUGGCUGCAAAAGUAAUUGCAGAUUGUAUCUUGUGUUUAAAAAAAAAAAAAAAAUAGUGAAUGCAAGGAUUACUUUACUUUUUGAGAUGAAAUAUAAGAGGAUUUGGAGAUAGACUUCAUUAGGGGAGAAAAGAUGAGACCAGAGUUUAACAAGGCCAAAAAAGUGAAUUUGGUUUAAUUGGGUAAUGGGUGCUCAGUUGACUUGCUGGUAGUGUUACAAUGAAAUAGAACUCCACUAAGAAAUGUAAUGCAAAAUUGUAAACCACUGGAACAGCCCGUCUUGUCUCUUUUUUAUGAGUGGGUUUUACCAUUUUAUGGAACACUCUUUCAAAUGACGUACUACAUUUCCAUCUGAUCUAGUGUGUCAUGCUGAGAUCUUAUAUGUCAAAGACUAUUCCCACAAGAUUUUAUGAACAUUCCAUGAUCACUUUUAUUUGCUUGUUUGGUGCCUAAUUUGAACAGAUCCUUGAAACCCACAUAAAUAGAACUAAUGAAGUAUGUGGUACCCAAUACUUCCUAUUCACACGUUAACAGUGGCUGCAUCACAUGAUAUGUCUAAUUUGCAAAUCGAAGAUAUUGACAACCAAUGCUAUUUUUUUUUAAAUUUAUUUUUUACCAGUCUGUCAGCUCCCCUCUCCAGUCUCUACAGCACAGGACGUGGCUCAUACAUUGGUCUCUUUUUGUGUUCUUCAAUCACCCUAAAGGUCGGGACAACAUAAUUGAUCUAUUCCUUUACCAACCCCAGUAAGUAUUGUGAUGUGGUUUUUUUUCUUACUCUAUCUGUGCAACAUUGUGUGUAUUCUUCUUAUCUGGAAUAUGUCUUUAUAAUUGAAUUUGUCUGUGACACUUGCUAAAUUGUUUGCUGUCUUAUGGUAUACUGUUUGUAUUAACAUUGAAGGAUUUGUUUGGAUGCGGCACACUAUUAAACGCCGUUCUAGGUGAAUGACUGUAAACCAACUGGCAGAAACUUCUAAGUAAAGAGCAUCUGCUCUUACACAACACAGCAGGCUUUUUUUUCUCUUUUCUGGUCAUAUAAAUGCUAACAAAUGUGUGUAUCCUAUUGCCUUAAGGCAAUGGAUAGGGCCUUAAUUAACUGAGCCUGAUUAUAAAGAACGUCAGAUGCGGAUAUGUUGGUAGUGUAGCUACUGGUCUACUUUCAUUGCAGCUUCUCACAGCAUGUCACGUGGCUAACUGCUGUCAUUGUCAUGUAGCCUGGCUAAUGUGUAGCUCACAUUCUGACUUGCCUUGAGAAGUACUUCAUUCGUAGGUGAAGAGUUGUAGUUUAGAUGCGUAUUAACUUUAACAAUAGAGAAUAAUAUUAAGUGUAAUUGUGUUAUAACGUCCGAAAGAUGUGAUCUAAAUCCGUUGUCUAGUGGCGGAUGAACUGCCGCAAAAACUUUUAAAAAUUUGUAUAAAUGAUAUAUUGUGUGAUAUCAAGUGGGUUUCUAUUCUAAUUCUUAAUAGGUUAAUGUAACUUCAACUAAAAGCCUAAAGCAAAUGACUGUGUCAUAUUCACAUUGUAGACAAUGUUGACUAAGCUGGAGUUCUCCACAACUCUCCAUACAACUCAUACCAGUCUCUGGCAGCUAUAUGCUAGUUAGAUCGAGCUUGGCGGGUAUCAAUAAAUCUGUCUGGAAACUUGCAUCUUGCAAGCUUUUAGAUUUACAAUUCUUUUCUAGCCUUAGUGUACUUGGCAGCAAUAUUGUCUGGUCUAGGUAAGUUAAUACUUUUCAUCUAUAUUUUGUGCCGGGGAAAUCGGACAUAAAUCGACAAAUUAACGUUCUAAAUACCUGAUAGACAAAAUUACUUUAACAAUGUGGUCCUGUUGCUAUAUAAGAUGCAUUUCUUUUCCUUAAAUAUAUAGCCCUGUCUGUAAAUGCAAGUCAAAAUAAAGAUUUAUUUUUAAUUGGUGAUUUCACUUAUUUAGUUGGUUGGCUUUUGGCAUUGAACAGGUUACUAUGUUUUUUUUGGAUAUGCCUUACCUUAUUAAGAAUCUAGUGGUUCAGUGCUUGCUUCCUUUGCUCCAAAAUUACAGCUGUACAUCAAAUUUUAAGCUUUAUUGUAGAACUCGUAGUUUGUAAAACAUCUGUUUGCCAUCAGCAUUCUGUCUGCUGCAGCGAGAAAAGAAAACAUACACAUGCAGAUGUCCACAAGCUACUGAAACGCAUCAGGGUCACAUUUGGCUUUUAUUUAUAGGAUAAAUGUUGCGGAUAAAUGUUCAUGUACGUGAAAAUUGUCGUUUUAAUUCCAGAAUAUUUUGGUUUACUUGGUACUCUUAAAAUUUAGCUGGAAAGCAAUGGGUAGACAGUACAGUUCAAAAACAAAACCUGAUCUAACCCUUUAAAUGUCAUGGCGUUUGCUUUGCUGUGUAUUGCACAUUUGUGUCUCAGUAAAAAAACAAGCACAAGAAAUACAAUUGCGGAUACCGAGUUAACCCUUGUGUCACCAAAACCAGCCAAGAGCAAACAAGGGUCCAGCUUACCUUGAUUCUUUUCAGUAACCAUCGCUACAAUUUAUUGGUCAACGGUUUAACCCACACCAGAGUGUUUAUCAAGCUUGUAAAGGGCCCUGUGUAGGUUGAACCAAUGCCCUUAUUUUGUACCGAUCACUGAAAUGAAACUAGGUGUGCUGGACCAUUUUUGCGUUAAAAUAAUUUGUUGUCCAUCUUUAAUUGAAAUAUUCAUUUGACUUAGCGCUGACAUCUUAACCCCUUAGCGACCGAGGACGGUUCAGGACCGUCAUCUGCAUUUUUGCGUUGCCGACCGCUGACGGUCCUGAACCGUCCUAACGGUCUUAGUUACUUACCUGAUCGCCGUCGUUCCCCCGGCGGCGAUCAGCGUGGCUCCCAGUGUGGGGAGACUGCAUGCAGCCCAGACAGUCUCCCCACACUGGAUUAGGACUCCUGGGGCCAUGUGAUCGCUCAGCACAGCGAUCACAUGGUCACAAUAGGUGUCCAUGUGUCUGCCUGCAGGGGGACUGUCUGUGCUGACAGGCAGUCUCCCUGCUAGUGUAAAAUCAUUUAAAAAAAUAAAGUUAAUGUUAAUAAAAAAAAAUUAUAUGUGUAUACAUAUGAUAUAUAGACAUAUAUUAUAUCUAUAUAAUAUGUCUAUAUAUCAUAUAUAUAUAUAUAUAUAUAUAUAUAUAUAUAUAUAUAUAUAUAUAUAUAUAUAUAUAUAUAAUGUCAUACUAAGUGUAUUUUUAUAUUAAUAUGUACUUAUAUUAAUAUAAAAAUACACUUAUAAUUAAAUUACACACGUGUAUGUAUAUAAUAUAUAUAAUAACUAUAAAUAUUGUGUGUGUGUGUGUGUGUGUGUGUGUGUAUAUAUAUAUAUAUAUAUAUAUAUAUUAUAAAAUAUAAAUAAUAAUUUAAAUUAAAUUACAACAUUUUUAAAUAAUAAAAAAUUAUAUCUAUAUGAAAUUUUAUUCUAACUGUAUUUUAAAAUUAAUAUAUAUAUUUAUAUUAAAAUACACUUUGAAUUUGUAUAUAUAUCUAUGUAUAUAAAAAAAGGAAAUAUACAUAUGUCCAUAUACAAAAUUACAUAAAUAAUUAUAUAAAUAUACACGUAGACUUCAAAUAUAUAAAUAUGCAUAUAUAUUUAAAUUCUACGUGCGUAUUUAUGUAAUAUUUUUACAUAAUUCAGUAAUUUUAUUGAUUGCAAUUUGAGGGACCUGCCUGCCAACCCAGGCCGAAAUUCCAGAGAAUUGAAUUUGCUAGCACUGUAUUUUACCCUGUAACGUUCUACAACACCCUAAAACCUGUACAUGGGGGGGGAUACUGUUUUACUCGGGAGACUUCGCUGAACACAAAUAUUAGUGAUUCAAAACAGUAAAACAUAUCACAGCGAUGUUCUUGUCAGUGAAAGUGACUUUUUUUUCAUUUUACCAAUAUUUUUUUCUGGUUUGUCUAUUAUUUUACAAUUUUGCAGCAGAGUUUUGUUUUUCAUGCCUAUUGUUUAUGGUGAAUGUCAUUAGAGCAAAUAACAAGUAUGAGUUCUCCCAUAUUAGCAUUAAAUCAAAAUGAUCGAGAAUUUAGCUAGUUACCUAGUCCACCAAUGGACUCCAAAAAACCAUGUAAUACGUGGUAUAUGUAGGCUCCCCAAUUAUCCUGGGUUCCAUUGGCUAUACUAAACAAAAUGUUAAUUUAUUGAUUCACGAAUACCCCACCAGUUCCUGUAGUAGAUGCCAUUAGCCUCUUUGGAGCUAUAGUUCUCACUGACUGCAGUAUGGGAGGUUGGUUAACACUGGAAGGGAAGGUACACUGUGACACAGCAAGCAAUCAGAACAUGGAGGUGGAGAGUAGCAUUGCCAAAUACAGAACUUUAUGUACAUUGAAAUUCUGUACUAAUUUAUAAGGUUAAUAUAAAAAUUUAAUUUAUUGUAACCUGUUUAGUAGACCUUGGUAAAUUAGUUGUGUUUUUUUUUUUCUCAUUUGCCUUAUUUAUUCUAGAAAACAAUCCAAUCGAAAAAACAUAUUGGCUAAUUCUGUUUAUAUGUAUACCAAAUAAAAUGUUUGUUUUGGGGGUUUUUUUUUAAAACAUUUUCUCACAUUGACACAAACUCUGUUUGCCUUUUAGAUAUCUGAAUGCCAUUCAGACCAUGUGCCCACAUAUCCUUCGAUACCUGACUACAGCAGUCAUCACCAACAAAGAUGUCAGGAAACGAAGGCAGGUUUUGAAAGAUUUGGUCAAGGUUAUCCAACAGGUAAGGUUACAUUUUUCGAUUUUACCCUCUAUUAUAUCAUACUUGCAUUGUAGUGAAAUUCCGCACUCUGUAUACUCUAGCCCCAUGAUGCUAGAUUCUAACAAAACUACAGUAUUCUUGAAGUAAACCUUAAGCGAGCAUGUAGCAGCUCCCAUAGCAACAGAUGUAUAAUUUUAUAAUUGAUAAUAUGGUAUAUUUGCAAACUAGUUAGUUGCUUUGGGGCUAGUUGUGUUAGUACUUAUCUUCUGUCCCUCAAUUCAGCACAGCUAUGUUAUGAUCACUGUGGGUGUUAACUAUUGCAGCGCCCACCCUCUUGUCCUAAUCCCUCUUAAAAAUUGACUCUGUUUUGUGACACUUUCUCAAGCAGGGCAGUCCUUAAAGGACCACUAUAGGCACCCAGACCACUCCAGCUUAAUGAAGUGGUCUGGGUGCCAGGUCCAGCUAGGAUUAACCCUUUCUUCUAUAAACAUAGCAGUUCCAGAGAAACUGCUAUGUUUAUAAUAGGGUUAAUCCAGCCUCUAGUGGCUGUCUCAUGGACAGCUGCUAGAGGCGCUUCCGCGCUUCUCAUUGUGAUUUCCACAGUGAGAAGACGCCAGCAUCCAUAGGAAAGCAUUGAGAAUGCUUUCCUGUGGACUGGCUGAAUGUGCGCGCGGCUCAUGCCGCGCAUGCGCAUUCAGCCGAGGAGGAGGAGGAAAGUCGCCCGCCCCGGAAAAAAGAGGUAAAUUUAUCCCCUUCCAACCCCUAGAGCCUGGCGGGAGGGGGCCCUGAGGGUGGGGGCACCCUCAGGACACUAUAGUGCCAGGAAAAUGAGUAUGACUAUAGUGGUCCUUUAAUGAUGCCAACAUGCUGGCUUCAUUGCUGAGACCUUGGUAUUGGCACAGCAUGACAUCAUUCCACCUGUUCCUUUAUCCCAUUCCCCCCAGCAUAGAUUCUCCUGUUCCCCCUGUCAUUUAGUCAUUGAUGUAGACCUCUAUGCCUCCAGCUUAGAGAGGUCUAUGCCAAUUGUUGAUUAACCGGUGUGGUUUGAGGCCACAGUUCUAAAAAGCUUUAACACAUUUGUUAAAUUUAUUGCUCUUUAAUUUGUGUGUACCAUGGCGGGUCCUCUUUAAAUUAACAAGCUGGUUUACAGAGCUAAUAACUAAACUGUCCAAAUAUUUUGUGUGUAGGUAGCUAUUCUGGAGUAUGUUUAAAUUAAACAUGCAUGGAUUUAUUUUAGAUUUGUGCAGUCAAAAUCUUUUUAGGGUGGGAAGUAAGGGUUUUGUUUUUUUAAUAAACAGAGAAACAAUCUAAAUUAAUUUUUUGUACAGGAAUCUUACACAUACAAAGACCCCAUUACGGAGUUUGUGGAGUGUUUAUACGUAAAUUUCGACUUUGAUGGUGCACAGAAAAAAUUAAGAGAGUGUGAAUCGGUAAGUUUCUUGCAUUCCAUACCUCACUAACACCAGAUUUUAAUGACUUGAGAACUGAAUUGCGAAACUUAAACCUUUUAUUACCCAAAAUGGCAUAGGCCAUGCAUAUGAUUUCUUUUAUUAUGCAGAAGUAAAACAGUGCUGGUUCUAUUUAAAUCUAUACAUAGAUGUGAAAAUGUUGUUGUUUUUUUAAUUUUUGUAUUGCUUAAAAAAAAGCAAUUUUCAGACCUAAGAGCUUGUUGUAUUUUUUGACCAUCUUGUCAGUAAAUUUGUAAUUACUCACAGGGAAGUGUGUUAGUGUGGAAGUCGGGUAUCCUGAUUAGCCCAUAUACCACACCGUUUGAUGCAGAAUACCUCCCUCAUCUGACUUUAAUUACAAGAGCUCUUAAUGAUGAUGACAAAGCUUGGAAGGAAGUAAAUGAACUUUCCAAGUGUGUUUUGUAGUUUUUCUUCACACAGUAAAAUUACAAUAUAAAUCAGGUACAUAAAGCGUAUAGUUAUGCAUUUUUGGAAGUAAUUAGGAUAAACGUAUUUAAGUCGAAGGAUUAUAACGAAGUUACUAAUGUUGGUUCUUGCUCUGAGUCAUACAGAUGGACAUGGGAUCUGCACACAGUUAGUCAUAUAUGUCUGUGGCUUGUAUUUUGUGUGUUGCAAGAAAGCAGCACCAUAAAAUUGCGAAAACUGUAUUUGUUGUUUUUCUUUUUGUUUGUUCUACUCAAACAUCAAGCUGAAAAAAAGUCUUACAAGUCAUUAGUUUUUCUACAUCAUACAUUAUAAAUAUUCUAAUCUGUGAUAAUGCUUCAUUAGACUACUUGCCAUACACACUGAUGAGUAUUAUUUUAACAUUGAAUGUUCUUUGUGUUUAAAUCAAUAGUUUACUAAACUAAAUUUUAUGUUUCCAAGAUGAAAAUCAAUCUAGCUUUGUAAAAUAUGGCUAUUUAUGACUCCUAAGGUAGCCAUCUUGUUUUUGCAACACCGCUUUUUAAAAUUUUGCAAGCUGUAUAUUGUUUAUGGAGUUGUGCUCCAUAUAAAGUGUAAAAAAAAAUAAGAGACCGAAUUCAAUCGUAAUAUGAAAUUUGUUACAUUGAACCAGUUAGGUCCCAGCAUUACACUGUGCAGGGAAAAGUGUAUUUGUUAUGUUAGAACACUCUGACCAUGUAAUAAAUGGCCCUAAACCCUCUUCUCUGUGUCCAAGCAAUAAUGAUGUAAAAUACCGGUAUGCUUAGAAAUGGUAAACUGCUGAGCAGGUUUAAAAAAAAAAAAAAAAGGAAUUAUUGAGCUGGGUUUGUAGUCCUACGUCAUAGAACAAGAUAAAGAGGUACUGAUGAGCAAGUGUUGAAUUGGGUGGUGUUUUUUUUGUUUUUUGUAAUGUGCGUUUUUCUCCUCCCUCCUCCCCAGAGUUACGUCCUCUGGUUACAUGGUAAUAGAGCAGGAGAUAAUUGAAUUACAAUCCCCUGCAUGCCAUGUUCUUGUUCUUGCUUUGAGUCUUUGGCUACUGGCAGCUAGUUUGCCAGGAGUGACAUAACACAGGGUCUAUGGAAGUUUACACAAAACUGGAGGACACUUCAGCCCUUGCCACAUUUUGCUAAAAAAUAAUUUGGAUUGCAUUAGAAUGUUAAUGAUGUUUUAACUAAAUUUAGAUUAAAUUUUUACUAAGAUUUGAUGAUGAUAAUUAAAAAGUGACAAUACUAUAAUAACACAAUUUAAAAAGGUUAACAUUGACACUGUUCUUCAUUUAGAGCAAUUCUAUUUAACUUCUAAUUUCAGAUUUUAAAAGGUCAUUGUGUUAUUGCAAAUAUUAACUCACCGAUUGUGUAGACGAACUGUAAAAGUAUCCUUUUGCCAUUUAUUUAAUAUAGAUUUAGUUGGACUCUUGGGUAAUGACUGGGGACCUCUCUUCUUUGAGGAACAAAAGCAAUAUAAAUGCCAUUGAUGGUUUCACAAGCAAACACACAUGUAACAUCUGCAAGUGAUUUGCAUUUAAAUAUUAAUGUCUUUAACCCUGCAGAAAAGCAGUAGCAAAAGCUAUAAUAAUGUUUCUUAGCUGCAUCUGGCACUAAAACCUCCUUCCUAUGAUGUAUGAGCCUCCAGCUUCCAUUUGUACAGUGAGACCAUGAUUAAAUUAAGCAAUGUGCUUGUCAGUUCUUUUUUUCUUCUUUGUUGAGCAGUUAGGUGCUCAACAAAAUAUACUUUCAGAAUCUACAAUUACAUCCCAUCCUCACCCAUGCAUUGAUUAUCAUACUUGACUAUAUUAAUUAGAUUUCUAUUUUUGUCCUCCAAAUUUUUUUCACCCUAAAAUUCAGAUAUAUAGCUGUAUCCUCUGCGAUCUCACACUGGCUCUCGUGUUUUUAGUGAACUAUAGUAAAUCAACUUGUAUGAUGUGACUGCUAUUCAGUUGAUCUCCCCAGAUCUAAAUGAACUGGUUUUGACAUAUACAUAUUGUGUGCAUUAUUUAUUUAUUUAUUUAUUUUUUUUCCCCCACUGCUUUGUGGACUUUAUUUUUUAAAUGUGGACAAUGUUAGUUUACAGAGAUAUAUAAUUAUUUUUUUUCUAUUUCCAAAGAAAGUUGACAAAUGAAGGUUGCGUUUCUAUAACUUUCAUUAUAUCCCAUGUCCAUGAUAAGGGUAAAUUGAUGUCGGAGCUUGGCAUCUGCAAAAUUCCCUGCAAGCUAGACAGUCAUAGCAUCAGGAGAGUAAGACCCUGCACCAAAUCUUAUUAGUCACAUCCGUGCACAGUGUUUAUUGCCGAUAAGCACAUUGGUUUGACUAGUAUGGUCAUGAAGGAGCUGGCACUGUACCGAAAGUAACUAGUGAAAAGCCAUCACCACUUUAAAGUGGCUUGUCAUAAUAUUGAAUACAAGCUUUCAAUCACUCAAAAAUGUUUUACUUCUUUCACCACUCUAUUACAAGUGUAUUACUUGACUUGGUUUAAUAAAAAUAUGUUUUGUCAUGUUUGUAGGUCCUGGUGAAUGACUUCUUUCUUGUGGCAUGCCUUGAAGAUUUCAUUGAAAAUGCAAGACUCUUCAUAUUUGAGACUUUUUGUCGGAUCCACCAGUGUAUCAGCAUCAGGUACAUGUUGUGUAACUGCUCUGUAUUUCGUCCAUUACAGAUUUUGAGAUUUAUAUUCAAAUAGUGGGUCACACUGGUGUUUAAAUAAUACUAUUUAUCAAUUAAUUUUGUCAAGUAGAUUUUAUCAGUCUUACCUUUAUUACCUCAUUUCAGUGCAUUACAUUUUUGUAAUUUUAAUCCUCUUUAAGUAAACUGUUUUGUGCUGAUGGAUCAACCAGCAAUACUGUAAAACUUUGUGUAACAGACGACUGCUGAAUAAUUCAACUUCCUGAGUGAAGCAAUGGCAAUUGUACACUUAAGUUAGUCUUCCACCAUUGAACAAUACCAGAUUGCUGUAUGACUAGCAUGCUAUGUAUCACAUCUCGAACCAUGAAAUAGAGUCCCCAAGCAAUCCACUAAACCAGGAAGUGGUGGUUCUGUGUGUGACAGUGCUGCGUGUGGGUAGCAGAUUAGUAAAGGAAUACUUUGAGGCUUCACAUAUGUGUACAUAAAGGCAGAUUAUGCAGAAGAAGGGAGUAUAAUUAUCUAAUAUGGAAACAAAUGCGUGCCCAUACAACAUGUACAUUAUACAGAAUUUUAUUAGAAAUGUACAUCAAAUAUGGAUUUGCUAAAUGUCUUGAUAUGAACCAGAUGAAAAAUUGGAGGUUUUAGUAUUGCUUAUCUUAGCCAUGUUUUAAAAACUUUGUAGUAUUCAACCUUCAUGCAGUUUAAUUCUCCAUAUUUUAAUCAGUCUCUAAAAUUUCUCCAUUUUAAUAAUACUUUUGUUAAAGGAACACUAGACCACUAAACAACUUUAGCCUAAUAAAGCAGUUUUGGUAUAUAGAUCAUGCCCCAUGCAGUCUCACUGCUCAAUUCGCUGCCAUUUAAGAGUUAAAUCACCUGUGUUUCUGUUUAUGCAGCCCUAGCCACACCUCCCCUAGCUGUGACUCACACAGUCUGCAUGAAAAGAAAUGGUUUCCCUUUUAAUCAGAAGUAACUUAAUUUAAACGUUAUCUCCUGCUCUGUAAUUUGAACUUUAAUUAUGUAUAGGAGGCUCCUACAGGGUGUAGCAAGCUAUUAACAGAGCAGGAGAUAAGAAUUUCUAAAUUAAACCAUAUUUUCAAUACAGGAAGUGUAAACAUUAGAUGACUUUACAGGAAGUGUUUGGAUGGCUGUGUAAGUCACAUGCAGGGAGGUGUGACUAGAGUUGCAUAAACAACUUGAUUAACUCCUAAAGGGCAGAGAUUCGAGCAGUGAGACUGUGGGGGAAUGAUCUAUACACCAAAGCUGCUUCAUUAAGUUAGUUAUUUUGGUGACUAUAGUGUCCCUUUAAUUUGUAUUAAUUCCAACAGGACUGCGAGUGGUAGUACAGAUAGUGAGCAGAAAUGGUGUGCGCAAUAUUAUAAGAUUUAUCUUCCACAGAAGGGGUUUAUGCAAACCUAACAGCGUUACAGGGUCACUAUAGGCACCCAGACCACUUCAGCGCAUUGAAGUUGCCUGGGUGCACUGUCUCUUUUGCACUUAGGGUUGCAAUGUUGAACAUUGCAGUUCUAGAGAAACUGCAAUGUUUACAUUGCAGCUCUAAGUUUGCCCCCAGUGGCUGGAGCUACUGGAGGACUUCCUGGAUUGAAGUAGACCAUUGGUCCGGUAUCUGACGCUUGACGUCCUCGUGCGCUACAUGAAGUUUUCCAGUGUCAGAUUUUUUUUUCCCCACAAGAAAGCAUAGAUUCAAUGCUUUACUGUGGGAAGGUCUAAUGUGUUGCGGGACAUCGGUGUCUCCAUCUAAUGCUGACCUGACCAUUUAUGAGUGCUAAUUAUUGCUCUUGGCCAGUAUUCCCAUCUGAGGCGAGAGAUGGGCAUACAUGCGAGAAAAGAUAAUUUUCCCUAUUCCAGAAGAUAACUUAUGGAGAAUGUUAAGUCUCUGAUUCAGCCCAAUGUUAUUGCUAUUUAUUCACUUGCGCCUCCUUAGUUAAGCUCUAGUGCAUCCAAACUGCUCAUACAUUAACUGCUAUAUGUAACUGGCAACUUAACUAAACAGGGGUACGCUGGCAGUAAUACAGUUUUACGGUUUGUUUAAGAGCCUGGCACUUAUCUCCUGGACUCAACGUGAUUUAUAAUUUCUCCUUCCCCAUAUCAGGGCUCAAAAUUACCACUGGCCGUUAUGGAGUGAUAAUGUCAUCCAGGCUCACAGUGACCACUAACCUUUAGGGCUGGCUAAUAGUUUUUAAGUUUUGAGUCAUAUACUAUAUUUAUCCUGUGUGUAACUUGCUGCUUCAAUACCCCCUAUACACAAGCAUCAAUCAAUGCUGUGGAGAGCUAAUUCUAGGUAGGCCUCUUAUAAAUUGUUUAACUAUGUCAUGGAAAAUCAGCUAUUUGAGAGAGAUGGAUAUUGAAUAGGGAUUCUUUUCAGGCACAGUCCAUUAGGACGGCAGUAUGUUGACGAAGCCAUGAAACUUUAUCAGACGUGUAAUCAAUUUUCGAUCAAUGUGCUCCUGACCACAAGCGCAGUGUGUUGUUUUUUUUGUUUUUUUUCCUCUCAUUAUUAUUAUUCUAGUGCCUUUGCUUGUGUUAGUAACAUACUUGGUCUCUGUUUAAUUACACCUAUCUCCUAAGCACACUGCUUAUUGAUGUUCGUCGUUUUCUAGGUGUUGCUCGAAGAGGCUCAAAUAAUAGCAAUCAAAAUAUACUGCUAAACUAACAAAUCAAAAAUGAUUGCUCCAGUUGUUUUAAUGACAUAAAGCUUAUUAAAACCUUGUGAGUUACAUCAUGCUGAAGGAUUUAGGCAGUUUUUAACUCUUACCUGCGUCUUAACACACAACAGAAGCCGUGUAAGGUGCUGCUUCAGAAGAUUGAACAGCAAGAAACAUUUCUAUGACUAUACUCUGGGAUGCUAUAAAAUGGUCUAUUGAUUACUUCUUAAAACGAGUGUCACAACUUAAUACACCCUCCCUCCUGAUAAUGCAAUGGUACUCCUUGCUUCAAAGAAACACGCUGUAUAUAGCGUUUAGUGGCAUUUUAACUUGCUGGAGGACAGGACUUUAUUAUUGAGCAGACAUGUGUUCCCCAUGGAGCAGCACAUGUCCUGACAAAAAUCAGAAAUCUCCAUGAUCAGUCUGACUCUCAGGCACGUGAAUGGUUUUGGUUGCAACACAAUCUUUGUAUUUGGUGGUUGUUUUUUUGUUUUUUUUUCUGUUAAUGAUUUUGCAUUUUUUCGAUUCUUCAAUAUACACACUUAUUUUGUGCCAUUAAAUCUUGGAAAAUGGUGAUUUAAAAUUUUUAAAUUUUUUUUAUUUUUAUUUUUAUUUUUUUAAGCUGUGCUCAAGGUUCCUUUAAUCAUAAUGCAACACUGGGACAUGCAUGUUCUGUCGUUAUUGGCAAGGGUUACACUCCUGUGCAGCAGAUGUUUAUAGCUCUGCUCCCCAUUCCACCCUUUGGUGAUAUGUCGGGAGAGGAGCCUGACUGAGGGGAUUCCAUUGUAUGCAAUAUAUUUAGAUUUAUUUUUUUUAAUAUUCGUUUACUAUUUUAAACAUAUCUACUGUGUACCGUUUAGCAAAAAGUGGUUGUUUCAUCUUAUUGCUACAAAUGCAAAGGAACAAAUAAAUAUAAUUUGUGACAUUGUCCAUUUGUCAGCUUGAUGUGGUAUCUAUCAUGUAAACGAGCAAUCUAUUUAGGAAAUCUGAUCUGUACUUUAAAAGUUGAGUGAUUCAGAGCUAUGCUCCCCGCUAGACGCUUUAAAGUUUAUGUACUCACAUGUCUAGCGUGACAGUGGAACAGUCUGCACUGGGCGGGUCGUUACUCACUGUUUAUUUUAGAUUAAAAAAAAGGUAAAUUGAAACAGGAAGCGGUAAUGCUACAGAGAGGCCCUAAUCAAUGACUGUCAUUGUUCAUUUGCAUAUUAAGAACUACAUCAAAUAUUGAGUAAGCCUGGAAAUUGGUCACAAAGAUUAGUUGUCAUGAAACCUAAGUUUACUCUGCAUGUCUGUGUUGAUUUUCAAUGAGAGAUUACCUGAGUAAUUAUGAAAUUGCGUGUUAUUUCAAAGAUGUAGUUUGUCUGUUGUAAAGUUAUGUAUCAUAAAGUCUUGUGAAGUUUUGGGAACAAGUGUUAGGACGCAGCACAUCAAAGCAAACAUCCUGCUGAGUACCACUACGGUACUAAUUAAGCUAAUAGAAAACACUUCCAACGCAGCUAUAUCAAUGGUGUCUCGGGACUGGGCAUAAUUACCAAGAAGCUGAAUAAUUGUCCGUCUUUAAAGGGAGUCUCUCGUCCUUAUUUUGCACAGUCAUGUUUUAUGUUUCUGAAUAAACUUAAUUGGUGUUUUAUUGUUAAUGUCUAUUUGCUUAGAAUGUUGGGAUUUGUGCUGCAUUCUUGAAGUUCAUUUGCCUAUUGUAGACUGUUUCUCAAUGUGUCUCUGCUUAAAAGUAUACAUGGUUUAUCUAGCGCUAACAGGUGUUGUUAGAUGGCAUGGGUUAUCCAGUAAGUGAAGUAGUUGCAUGAAAAUGAUAUAUUUUUCAAUGCAUAUGGAUAUAUUUAAUAUAGGAAUUCACUGUCCUGUAAAUCAUGCACUAUUGGAUUAGUCUAGUUAAUAAAGUUUGGUGGAAAGUGUAAACAUCAUGAUUCGUAACCAUUUAGGCUGUUUUAACCCCUUAAGGACAUAUGACGUGUAUGACAUGUCACGAUUCCCAUUUAUGCCAGAAGUUUGGUCCUUAAGGGGUUAAAUUGAAGGUAACUUAAUGACAUUCUAUUUCUAUCCUAAAGAAGGAAAUAACAUCAUUGAUUUAGGAACCUAUGUAGAGGAAAUGUUCUUUUACUUUUUCACACCUCUCCUUUAAUUUAUUUAUGUAUUUAUCUUCUAUCCAUACUAGGUAAAGGGUUCACCUUUUUAUAUUAUUUAAUAUUGGUUUUUCUAUAAAACAAACUUUAAACAGCUAUGCGUGUCCUAAAGCACAUUUAGUUAUUCUGGGGUGUUAUCUCACAUAUGCAUAUCCUUAACUCAACUAAUGUGUGUACAUGGCUUGCUUAAUAUACUCGUGAAAUUAAAGUUGCAUAUUUAUUAUUUUAGUCAAAGAGAAAGUAUUUGCCAUGGACAUUAUUAGAAACUCGGGGUAAAAUAAUUUAGGAAAAUGGCAUUGAUGAAGUUAAAAUAACCUUAAUCGAUGGAGUAGAGCAUUAAGAGAGAAAAGGGUGAGAGAGUAAAUGUGGAGUUGUUUCCUUGUAUCGGAAAGCGAAAAUAGAGGUCAAGUAGUGAAUUUAAAAUUUUAGUAUGUACUGUGUGUGUAGGACAGGGCCUUGUGCUUUGUCUUUUCAGUUUUUGUGUAUUGUGCUACUGUGUGAAGCGUGUGUGCUUUAUGUUUCUCCAUACUUUAUAUGAGAAUCUGGUAUAGGGCUGAUCCCACCUGUACAACCACCAUGGACAUUUUGUCCACUUCACUUUCAUAAUAAUACAUAUUAAUCUAAGUAUUUGAUAGUGUCAUAAAACUAGACUUGCUCUGACUUUAGAUUGUCACAUGCUGUGAUUUGAUUCCCCCCCCCCUUCUUGUUUUCCCAAUUUAGCAUGUUGGCUGAUAAGCUGAAUAUGAGUCCUGAAGAAGCUGAAAGAUGGAUUGUCAAUCUAAUACGAAAUGCAAGACUGGAUGCAAAGAUAGAUUCCAAGCUGGUAGGAUCCUGCUUUCUCAAAUAACGAUACUAAACCAAGUUUACUUAAUGCAUGCCUCUAUUUAAAUAAUAAAUCAGUACGGGCAAUGUUGGCCUAGAAUUGCCUCUGUUGAACAGUUGUAAUGUUUGAGUCUUCCCAACUGACGAAGUGUAGGUACUUAUUUUUAUUUAUUUUUUUUUUUUUUAAUAGUCAAACAAUCUUUCUGAAUGUUUAUUAUUAUUCUCGCAUUUAAACUCUGCAACUGUCUUUCCAGUCAACACCUAACUCGCAUGAAUAGCGAUCUGGCUAUGAGCAUUCUAUUUUAUUUAAGUAUGUGUAUAUACACACUGUAUGCCUUCUUUAAAAACUUUGAAUAUGUUGAGAAGGAAAAUGCUCCUAACACCAUACUGGUGUCACAUUAAUUUAACUAACCCCAGUUAUUAUUAUUGGCAUUUUGUAUAGUGCCAACAUAUUCUACAGCGAUUGACAGUCUUAUAAAGUGGAUAUUUAGAGGUGAAGACAGUCCUGCUCAAACACAAUUAAAAUCUGUAAGGAUUUGAGGUGGGCUAAUAUGUACCGUCGGUGUGUCUUUCUCAAGUAUACUUAUUAUUCUGAUUUGGAUUCCAACCUGGGUUUCCAAGACAGUGAUGCUACCUCUGUGCUGUAACUGGCUGAUUAUAUAUUGAAAGUAUAUAGUACUUUUUAUGCAGGAGAAAUAACUGAUGGCUAUUGAGCCAACAGGGCUAUGUGAUCAUUCAAACAUGGCUUUUAAGACUGCCUGAGGAGCACGGGCUGCUGGCCUAUGAUCUUUUCUACUUCUAUAUUUAGAAUGUUCUUUGAUUUAUGAACUUCAUAUUGAUUGCUUUGAACAGUCUGUUCUUUAAAAAAACCACAAACACUGGCAUGAGGUUUGUGUAUAGCCAGCACACUGUGCAUAAUGUGCCUUCUAUCGUUUUAUUUUAGGGUCAUGUCGUAAUGGGGAACAAUGCAGUGUCUCCUUAUCAACAAGUCAUUGAGAAGACAAAAAGCCUUGCAUUCCGCAGUCAGAUGCUGGCUAUGAAUAUUGAAAAGAAAAUGAAUCAGAACACAAGAACUGAGGUAAGAGAAGGGACUACUUUGCAUUAGUAUUUUUCGUACGCUUGGCAAAAGGCAAAGCUACCUUUUGUCAUGCCUUCAGCCACUAGUGACGUCUGUCUGUGGAGGAACGAACAGUCUUACAAAAUUAUCCACAAAAAUCUUCAGUAUUGUACUGUCAGACAUGCAUGAGAGUGCGGUGCUGCCAUUGGUUCCUGUCAGCUGAAGCUCCAGGAACUAAAGAGGACUGGCAGAUUACGGUGGUAGCCACGAGGGACAGGUUCAGGUAUGCAUAACUUGCCACUGCACCUCCCAGUUAAUGUACUGACAGUGGCAGCAAAGACCCCAGAUGGUGACAGAACUGCUUUUACAUGUCUCUCUGUGUGUAUAUUGGGUUCACUUUUUUUAAUUAUAUGCUGGGAAUUAUUUUAUUUUUCAGUGACAUCAUUUUUUUUUUUUAUAAAGUGCCCUUGCAACGUGGCAAAACCAUUUUCCAAUUUGAGAUAUAUAUAUAUUACUCUUAGUCAACUUUUUCAGUUUAUUUUGUUGGAUGCUUUUAUUAUGUUUAUCAAUGUUCUGAUCAGCAUAUUCACUCUUUUUUUGCAGGCACCGAACUGGGCAGCUCAAGACUCUGGAUUUUAUUAACCAGUUACACCAACUAAUUCUCCAGCUAAAGCCGUGAUAGGCACACAAAAACAUUCAAAUUUGUAAGAUCGGCUUAAGAGCCAACAUAUUGGAAUAAAAUUGCUACAUUUACUUUUAAAUAAAAUGAGUCCUUGUGGUUUUGAUCAUAACUGAAAGUAUGUGUGGUUUAUGUAUGUGAAAU